AUGGCGGCGCGGAGUGGGCGGGGCCCCGGGCGUGACCGGGCCCGGCGGGGACGGGCCGCCCGCCGUUGUGUCUCUGCAGAAGCCGAGCACGGUUACGCCUCGCUGCUUCCCGGCGGUAAGGACGGGGAGGCCCUACGGCGCCGCGCCAAGGCCAGGAAGAGCGGCGGCGGUAGCAGGUCGACACACAAUGAGAUGGAAAAGAAUAGGCGUGCCCAUCUGCGGCUCUGUUUGGAGAAGCUGAAGGGGAUUGUACCACUCGGACCCGAAGCCAGCAGACACACCACCCUGAGUUUACUAACGAAAGCCAAAUUGCACAUCAAGCAGCUUCAAGACUAUGAGAGGAAAGCCGUACACCAAAUAGACAAGCUGCAGCGGGAGCAGCGGCACCUGAAAAGGCAACUGGAGAAGCUGGGGAUAGAGAGGAUAAGGAUGGACAGUAUCGGAUCCACUGUGUCUUCGGAGCGCUCAGACUCGGAUAGAGAAGAGAUAGAUGUGGAUGUGGAGAGCACGGAUGAUCUCCCUGCGGACCUCGAUUGGAGCAGCAGCAGCCCAAGCGACUCAGAUGAAAGAGGGAGCCUGCAGAGCAUCUGUAGCGACGAGGGUUAUUCCAGCUCCAGCGUGAAGAGGUUGAAGUUGCAGAGCAAUCACAAGCCUUCUCUCGGUCUAUAAGAAGCAACUCCCGCAGCUGUUUCGCCCGUCGCCGUUCCCCUUUUGGAUCUCGUUAGGUAGCACACCGGACCGUCCCACCAUUCUCUUGCACGUAAAAAAAAAAAUAUCUUAACGAACUGCCGACUGAAAUGAAGCUGAGCUUUGCUGAAGUCCCAGAACCUGGCGUAGGGCAGCGGUUGGCAACCUGCUCCCUGGAGCUCGCCUCCGCCUGCAUCUGCUGGCGUCUCUUCCCGUCCCAGACUCCUCUCUGCCAGACCCCACAUUCCAGCCACAUUUUGGUGCGCCCAAGAAGAAUAUCGCAGCAGUAACAGCAACCUCAAAAGCCCUCUGCUGGGAUUUUUGGCUUGCUGUCACCGCACAGUAUUCCCAAUCUACUCUGCAUAUGCCCGCAGCAAUAUCACGUACCCAAUAAUCGGUGGCAGGGCCCAAAUGUAAGAGUUUUUUGGGCGAGGAUCUGAAGGCAGAGGUGACCUCUUGUGUAGUUUAGGUCUGGGAUAGAGAGGAGGCGAGUUGGUGAUCGGCAAGUGGAGCGUUUCAUCCGUGUCUCAUCUCAGGUGGGUGCAGGAAUUGCACCGCCAGCCACCGGCGCCUUGCUCAGAGGGCUCCUCUCCGCCAACUCGAAAUAUCAAGGGUGGCAGCGCAGCCGCGUACAGCCCAGCCCAGCCCUGCCCUGCCGUCAUCCCGGAGCCUCACCGGCACAGGGAACGCCGCUCGGGGAGGGCUGCAGGGCUUGGCACUCCCCAUCCCCUGUCUAACAGAGGCUGAGGUCAGACGCCUUCGGUCUGGGAAGUUUUCUGUCCUACCUAAAACCAAACAGUCCCUGUCCCUGUCCUGUGCGACCUCCCACCUCCUGCUUCAUGGCUGCACAUCGCUGUUCCAGGCAAGCGCUCCUGGAAUUUUUUUCACGCUUCUUGUCUCUGGGACAAAUUUUUUCUACCUCGGAGAGAUGAACAAAGAUUAUCUCCAUCCCUUUAGCACAAAAAACAAAGAUGAUGCCUCAUUUGUUUCACAGAAGCAAUGCCCGGCCCCGUUCAAAUCCAUCGCGUGACAGUUUAGCAAUAACCCGACAGUGAGGGGGAGUGGGGCAGCCUCCAGCUGUCAGCGCCCAAGGGGACCCCAUGGAUCUUCACUCAAGCACUUCUCCGGCUGGCGGAGAUCUUUUCAGGCACUCAAAUGGGCUCGUGAAGGAUUUUGGUCGCCGCCUUAGGGAGAGAAACCCAAAUAUGCCAAGAAAGGGCCAGAGCCCUUCCCACUGCCCCGACAACUGGGGGUUCCCGACCUGAGAGCACACAGAAGUGUACAGAAAACACGCAAGCUCUAAAUAGUAUUUAUUCCUUUUUCUACGUACUGAAGAUAACAUUCUUACGAUAUAAUGCUUUUAUAGAUGUUCUGGAAACUUUGAUACGUAGAGGUCCGCUAACAGAGACGUUUCUUUUCCCCUUGAGCCGGUCAAAGGUCCUUCCCAUCCCCUCGGCAAACCUCUCGCUUGAUCCCCGUUGGCACCUGGCAAGGAGCUGCUUUGCUCUCCAAGGGCUUUUCUUAGUGGUGGGAGGCAAAACCAGGCAUCCCCUGCACCCGGGGUCUGUACCAGUCCCUUCAAGAAACGCAGUUUCCGAAAUGCCGAAAGCCACUGAGACACUCCACAAAGUGAACAAUAUAAAACUCAGUUUCUUUUUCCUUUUUUUUUCUUUUUUUUAAUAUCCCCAGUCUAUUUUUGGAUCAUUUGAAAUCUUUGAGAGGCAAGAAGGAUGGGAGACAGAGCUAACGGAUUGAUAAAAGCUCCCAAGUCUCAGCUCUUUUUGCACCUUCUGGAUUUUAAAAGAAGAACAAAAAAUCAAACCCAUGAGGGAUUCUUUUGGUUUUUUUAAAGCAGCCGUAAUUUUUCAGACAUCCAACAGAUUUGCACUCACCUGUGGCUCGGAUGCCUUUAGCAUUGGAACACCCGAGGCCACCAGCCUUUGCUGCCCAAGCUCAAAAUCCCCACGCUUUCAAAAAGGAGGGGGGGAACAAAGGCAAAAAGAUGAGAAGCACAGAGAAAAGGAAGUGGAAUAUCAGCACUUUGAGGGGUUUGCCGAGAGCCCUCCCUCACCCUCUUUCAAAAACCGCCUUGGGAAUCCCCCCAGAGCCACAGCUCUUGCUGCCCUUGAGCAGGGACGGGUGACGUCCGGCAUCGGGAAAGCACCGUCGGGGUUCAACAGGAGGUAGAAAACAGUGGAUUUUUGUUGUUUAGAUAGGCCAAGUCUUAAGGUAUCAAUUUGGCGUAAAUAAUUAUUUCUCUUCAGUGUUGUGCCUUUUUGAGUUGCCCACCUUUUUCUCGUGGUGAAACGCUGCGUGGGGGUUGCUUUUUUUUUUCUUUUUUUUUUCUCCCCCUUCUUUUUUUGUUUUCUCCCUAACUAAUAAUUAUCGGACCUUUGCACUGUUGGGAUGUGCUCCUCUCCAGCCUGUGGGCGAAGAGAAACGGGAACCCUCCAAAACGAUGCACUAACCUGGUAGGAGGCUGGAAAUCCGGCGGCUGAUUCCCGGUGAGCGGCCAGGACCGUCUCUGGCGGCUUUUGCUCUCUCCGGGUCUUUGUCGGCCGAGGCGCCCGGCGGCUGUGCCAGCCUUUUCCUGGAAUUCACUGAUCCACCAGCAUUCCUAAGAAAUAAGCUGCAGGAAGGACAUUUUUGUAGAUUGUGAUUAAAAUAAAAAAGGGGAUGCGAGGAGCUGCUCGCGCACCCCAUGUUUACGACGGAUCGUUGCACAGACAGACGUGAGUCGAAAACACGCUUUUUGGGGUUUGUUUUUUUUUUUUUGGUUUUUGGCUUUUUUUUUUUUUCUUUCCAUUUUCCUUGCAGAAGGCAGAUCUCAAACCGCUGCUUUGGGUGGCGAGAGACAGGACCCGCGGCCAGGCAGAGAAUGGGAAGCUGCCGGGAACGGGGCUCUAUCCAAAUCCUUCCGGAGCCCACUGCUGCCCCGGUGCUUUGCUCCUUGACUUGUCCCCCCCAUAAAGAAGGUUGGGACAUCGCCUGCCGUCGCUUGCUCCCCAGGAAGCGCCGUGUCCUCGCUCUGCCAUGGUUACGGCUGAAAACCGCAACGUUUCUUUCAUCCUUUUAAUUUCUCCAGCGUAGCGGUAUGUGAGCCGUCCAAAAUGUCAGAUCCAGAACCAUCCGGGCAUUGCUUGGGUUUUCUCUGACGCAUUUUAUUUGUGCUUUUCCAUCUUUUUCUCCUAACCUUUUGCUUCCCGAGAAGCGAACCUGUAGAGCAUCGGCUUUAUUUUGGUCAGUCAAGAGCCGGGGAGCGGCAGAUGGGAGAAUAGGAAUUCUGUUUCCAGCCAUUCAGUUCCUGCUGUAAAUACCCUGUUGUCAUUCGGAAUCCUGUGUCAAGACCAUCUAAUGGUGCUUUUUAUUACAGUUAGCACACGCAUUUUUAGAAACUACGUGUUUUAGGAGACCUUUGCUGUGUAUAUGGAUACUUCGGUAUUGUUUGACUGUUAGAAAAUAAAUUAUUUCAUUAUGAAAGAAAA